AUGGGUAAGGAAAAGGGUCACAUUAACGUCGUCGUCAUCGGUCACGUCGAUUCCGGUAAGUCUACUACCACCGGUCACUUGAUUUUCAAGUGUGGUGGUAUUGACAAGCGUACCAUCGAAAAGUUCGAGAAGGAAGCCGCCGAGCUCGGUAAGGGUUCUUUCAAGUACGCUUGGGUUUUGGACAAGCUUAAGGCUGAAAGAGAAAGAGGUAUCACCAUUGAUAUCGCUUUGUGGAAGUUCGAGACUCCAAAGUACUACGUCACCGUUAUUGAUGCUCCAGGUCACAGAGAUUUCAUCAAGAACAUGAUUACCGGUACCUCCCAGGCCGAUUGUGCUAUUUUGAUUAUCGCUGGUGGUGUUGGUGAGUUCGAAGCCGGUAUCUCUAAGGACGGUCAGACUCGUGAACACGCUUUGUUGGCUUUCACCUUGGGUGUUAGACAGUUGAUCGUUGCCGUCAACAAGAUGGACACCGUCAAGUGGGACGAAGCCCGUUUCGAGGAAAUUUGCAAGGAAACCUGCAACUUCAUCAAGAAGGUUGGUUACAACCCAAAGACUGUUCCAUUCGUCCCAAUCUCUGGUUGGAACGGUGACAACAUGAUUGAAGCCUCCACCAACUGCCCAUGGUACAAGGGUUGGAACAAGGAAACCAAGGCUGGUGUCUCCAAGGGUAAGACCUUGUUGGAAGCUAUCGACGCUGUCGAGAUGCCAACCAGACCAACCGACAAGCCAUUGAGAUUGCCAUUGCAGGAUGUCUACAAGAUCGGUGGUAUCGGGACUGUGCCAGUCGGCCGUGUCGAAACCGGUGUCAUCAAGGCCGGUAUGGUGGUUACUUUCGCCCCAGCUGGUGUCACCACCGAAGUCAAGUCCGUGGAAAUGCACCACGAACAGUUGGUUGAAGGUGUCCCAGGUGACAACGUCGGGUUCAACGUCAAGAACGUUUCCGUCAAGGAAAUCAGAAGAGGUAACGUCUGUGGUGACUCCAAGAACGAUCCACCAAAGGGUUGCGCUUCUUUCAACGCCCAGGUUAUUGUCUUGAACCACCCAGGUCAGGUCUCUAACGGUUACUCUCCAGUCUUGGAUUGUCACACCGCCCACAUUGCCUGUAAGUUCGAGGAAUUGUUGACCAAGAUCGACAGAAGAACCGGUAAGACUCAGGAAGAAUUCCCUAAGUUCAUCAAGUCUGGUGACGCUGCCAUUGUCAAGAUGAUCCCAACCAAGCCAAUUAUUUCCCGUAAACCAACCAUCUUACCGGACCACGGUUAA